AAAUUUUNGACGUGCAACUGACAGAAAUCGUCUCACAGCUGCAACAGAAUGGAUACCAAUUUUCNGAUCUCUUGAAUGCUUUUCANGAGGAUUGGGAAACUAUCGUNGAUCACUUNGAUAUCACGAUCAAACAGUUGUUAAGNGAUUAUGGAGUCAGCUUAAANAAAUUUGUGACGAUGACGGGAGCCACCUUGCAACAAUUACUNGACAAGUUUGGAAUAGGUUUNGANGAGUUUGUGAAGGAAACGGAUUCUACUUUGAACAACAUUCUUUCCACUUUNAAUUACGACUUGAGNAGUCUGGUUACNGACUUCCAUAUUGCAUUGUCNGAUAUNGAAAGUUUGUUCAACAUACCUUUCAAAGACGUUGUCAAGGAGUUCGAUCUNGACCUUCAAUCUGUAGAGAAAAUGUUCGGUCUUACUGUAUCGCAAGUUAUCAAGCAAUUGAAUAUGGAUAUUUCCAAGUUUCUNAGUGUAUUCGAUAUGUCCAUACAAGAGUUUGUGCAACAGACAGACUUUGUUCANGAGUCCAAUUUAGCAUUACAAGAAAUAUUGAAUAUUUUCAACGUCGGAUUACANGAUGUGUUNGAAAUAGCCUCAAUGUCGAUCCAAGAUUUCAUNGACUUGUUUGGAUANGACAUGAAGACUUUUGUACAGUCAUUCGGACUAGAUAUNAGCGAUGUACUACAUGUCUUCGGUAUUGGAUUUGCAGAUUUUAUCAAGCUCAUGCAAUAUUCCAUAAGNGAGCUUCUCUCAAUCUUNGANAAUAUUUUUGCAAACGUGGANGACUUGAUUGCAUGGCUUAUUGGCAACCUUUCNAAGGAUGUAUGNGAAGUGAUCAACAUACUCUGCCCACCUUCGUCCUCGUGCUCCAUACUGGGAAAGUUCUGNGAUCGGAGAAGAACGGCUAUUCCAUUNAAUUAUAUNAGACAACAAACAAAGAGCCAAACAGGGAAUCUGUACAUUUCUGUUACCAGUUCGAAUCAAGGCAAACGUUCUGCAAAGGANAGNAGCUUACCAAACAGCAACAAUGGUGGCAGNAGUGGNAAUGGUCUAAGUUGUUUUCCNAGCAACUCCAAAGUAUAUCUNGACAAAUUACANAGNAAAACUAUGGAACAGUUGCGAGUCGGAGAUAUGAUACUNAAUGCNGAAGGAAAGCCCACCAAAGUCAUUGGUUGGUUGCANAGAAANGAAUAUCAAGAAGGAAACUUUGUCCAUGUACACUUUGUCAACAACAGNAANAAGCUUACCAUAAGUGGAGAUCAUUUGGUAUUCUCAUCAAAAGGAGUGAUCAAAUCUCGACAGAUUGUAGAAGGAACUACGUUGCUGAAAAGNGAAACGGUUUUGGUNAAAGUUCAUUCUGUCCAGAGGUUAACAAGNAAGGGUGUUUAUGCUCCUCUUACAGACUCCGGAACUUUGUUGGUNGAUGGAUUUGCUUGUUCUUGUUAUGCAUAUUUUCCGAGUCACUGGGUUGCNAACCUGUUCAUCCCAGCGUUAUGGAAACUGUUGAAACCUUUUCAUAUGUANGANGACUUUGUUUCACUGGUAACAGCAAGUGUCUUCAAUUUGUUUUACUUUUUCAAAUAAAGAUUCUUUCGUUUUAAAGAGAUAAUAACAAACCACAAACAAGAUAAAUAUGAUAAGAUCAGG